UUUCUACACACCUGACUUAAACAAAUGUGUUAGACCCCGUAAAUACAUAAUUUCAAUCCCUUAAUCAAGGCAUGAAAUUAGCCCACUUGUUCCUAUUAUUUCGCUGCCCUUCACGGUGAACCAACAUUAAAAAUUGAAUUUUUUUUUAAACCCUUGAUGAAAAUAAUGCGACGGGGAUUUUUUAGGGUUGAGAAAUCGAGUAGAAGAGGAGUAAUGCAGAUAUUUUAGAGCCCAAUUUGAGCAAGGAUUUAUUGCUUCGUUUUCAUCAAUCGAGAGGGCAGCUUCUGAUUCGCAUAUACACACACACAAGUUUUAGGGAUUUCUCAUCAAUUGUUCCGUUUCGCGGUUAGAUGUCUGAAUUGGUGGCUCGAACUGGUCGGCAGCAGCAGCGUUACGAGGAUGGCUACCGUCUUAUUGCUGGGGAUUGUAUAAAGCGUUUCCAAUUGGGGGAAUGUGGAGAAAAUGGAGUGUAUUCCCUUCAGAUAUAAGACAGUGAAAAAUGAUGAUGGUGGCAUAACUGAGAAUAUCGUUGAAGUAUUAAUGAUCAACUCGACUGGUGGACCUGGUCUUCUGUUUCCAAAGGUUCGGAUCUUUGAACUAUGUCAAUGGAAGCAGACUGCGUAAAGCAUGUUUUGUUCGUCCACUGCUCCUCAGUUGGUUGCAGUCUUAUGUUGCCGUUGAUAAAAUGAGUUAAGUUCAUGUCAUACAUUACCUUGGCUAGGAAGCAUAUCCUUGAAAACGAUUUAAUGUUGGUAACUUGGUAUACCUGUGACCAUUAAGGUUUAACCUAAAGCAUAAAGAAAAAUGGAGACUGGAUAAGGACAUAGUUUUGAUCCUUCUGAAUUAGGCGUUAACUGAAUGCUUUCAUAAGAAUUUAUUUUGGAUAAAUUGCAUUUUUAAUUUCUAACUAAUGUAGCAAAUUUUCUCCUUCAAUAUACGCAAUUUCUACUAUGUGGAAUGAGACAGCCUAUUCUUAUCUCUCUAAUCUCACUAAUCUGCCAAUGUGACCAUUCACGAAUACCAAUAGGCUCACAUUUUCGGAUACUAUCUUGGGGAAUAUUCUCUUACAUUCUUUCCAUGUUUGGCUUCAGUUUCAUCCAUCUUUCAGAAGUUAGUUUAAGCUCCUUCUUAUACCAAAACUCGAGGUUUCAAGCUAACGAUUUCAGGGUUGCACUACUUUCCAUAACAUACAACAAGGCGUCUCUUGGAAGUGUCACUCCCUUGUUUGACACCAAUUUGAGUGUUGAGGGUGGGUGGGAGAAUGAUGAAACGGCCGAGGAGGCAGCCGAAAGGGAAGCCAUGGAAGAGGCUGGAGUUCGAGGCGAUCUAGUGCAUUUUCUUGGAUGUUAUCCUUUCAAGAGCAAAACACUCCAGGAUGAAUACAGCCCGCAAGGACUGUGUCGAGCAGCUACGUAUGCCUUGCACGUGAAGGAGGAGCUCGACUCCUGGCCUGAAAAGAGCCACCGGCAGAGGAGCUGGCUAACCGUUGGGGAAGCAAUCGGGUGCUGCAGGCACGCGUGGAUGCGGGAUGCCCUUGAGAAAGGUUUCUCAAAGUGGUAUGAUGAUGGCAUGAUCCAUACCUUGCCAAGAAAGGGUUCACGUUGACAUUUUCAACAUUGAAUUUUGGUUAGAACAAUUUUCAAGCUAUAUGGUACCAUCUCUUAAGCUGAUUCUUGGUGCCUGAUUGUUUUUCUCUCUCUAAAUUAAAAAAAAUCCUCAAUUUGGAGAACUUAGGAACUUUGAGAGUAAGAUGCAAAUAGUUUGUGUUGUUUUAGGUGUUAAAAAAAUUUAAUAUUCGGGUAUUUCCACCCCCAAAUCAAUGAGACUGGUGACCUGUUCUUUUCUUCUUUUA